GAGUACAGUCCACCGACCAAUGGUGAGAGAGAGAGAGAGAGAGAGAGAGAGAGAUUAUUAUUAUAGUUUAUUGACAGAAUUUUGCGAUUACAAGAAGCUUAAAGUAAAAAUCAUUUCACUAAAAGAGAGAGAGAGAGAGUCUUGAUAGAGAGUCUUGAUAGAGAGAGAGAGAGAGAGAGAGAGAGAGAGAGAGAGAGAGAGAGAGAGAGAGAGAGAGAGAGAGAGAGUCUUGAUAGAUAAUAUUGAGCACAGUCUUCACCGCUGGGUCGACUGUGGGGGCUGCGCUAUUCCGGUUGGUGGCCGGUUGGUGGCCGUGGCUGUUCACGCACUAGCUCUUGCUGUGGCUGGCAUGCUGUUCUGUCCUCUCUUGUUCCAGGAAUUGCUGUCUGAGGUGUGUGUGUGUGUGUAGAAGCCACCAUCAUCAACCACAGCAGGUGAUAAUGAUGUUUCCUGCUUUCAUCCUCAUUGGGGCUAGCCAGACCAACUUGGGGCUGUACUGGGGUGACGCUGUGUGCCUCAGGUGUAUCUGGAGGGCUGAGAUAGUGAGAAGAGCGGCAGUGGAUCUAUACAUGGGUGAGGUGGCGAGGGGCGUGGCCAGGGGGCGGCUAGCAGCGUGUGCCACCAGGGAAAUGUGUAUGAACAUAAAAAAAGGCGCCCGUCAAGAAAGGCACAGAUGCAGGGUGGUGAGGCAGUGUUCAUCCCAGGGGCACACCACACAGUGUCAGCAACACAGAUGGUGGUGGAGAGGCACCUGUGGGACGCCCAGGGGAACACCAAACACGACCUUGACAGACAGAAGAGUUUAUUGAUGAAGUGUGGAAGAAGAGGAGGAAGGAACAAUGAUAUUCGACCAGCUGCGGCAUCUGGGGGCUUCACUUGACUGGGACAGCUGGGACAUGGAUGCAGCGAGAGACUGGCCUGUGUGUCUGUCUGUACAUCCGCACACCCUUGACCUCCAUGUCCACCCAGCAGGAGGAAGAUCUGGACACCUGUUACUCCUCUGGUCCCUCCCUUUGCCUCGCUGGGCUGGCCAGGUCAGGGGAGGGGAGAGACCAUGCUCGCUUCUACGCAACGACCUUGAAGACGGGUCACGGCAUCCUCUUGUGGGUGGCUCAGGUGGUCAUGCCGGGACUCGACUUGACGGGGAGGCUUUCCUUUGAGACUGUGCUGCUGCAUGGCCUCCUGGGUGAUGGUGGCGGCCACAAGACGUCCAAGUCCUGGGGCAGUGUGAUAGACCCCCUGGAUGUCAUCAGUGGGGUGUCCCUGGAGGUGUGUGACUUGCUGGUGCUGUGUGUUCUGUACUGGUGUUCAUUGGCUGUGGUGAGCAGUACCUUGACAGCAGGUACUGUGCGAGAGGGUGGAGGGGACCCUGAAUGCGGAAGAGGUACUCGCUUGUCUCGAAUGAAGUCCCCCACAGGCAUCCCAGAGUGUGGAGCUGAUGCCCUUUGGUCCACCCUGUGCUCCACCAGCUUCAGGAGUCAGUGUGGCAUAGAUAGAUGUGGAUGACUGUGGUGUCUUGUCUUGUGUGGAGUUACAAGGUUGGUGUAUGGAUGGAACCGUCACCCCAAACAAUGAGUGGUGGAGGGUGCGUUCUGCGUUGACAGCCAGCAUGAGCGGUGACAGGAGGUGUGUGAGACGCAUGACAGCUUUAGUGACAAGUUCAUGCAGGCAGUGGUGCAAUAUUAUUCCCUCAACACUCUCAUUCACUUUGAGGGCUUGGAAACCACAGUGCCUUCAGAUUUGUGGAGAACCAUGGGUGCCUUGCCUCCUCGCACCACCACCACCACAAGCACCACCACUCCUGCCAUCACCUACAAGGGGGAGACUGUGAUGUGGCUGCAGGUGGAUAGGUUCGGAGGCCUCCAGAGAGCUGCCCAGAGUGAAGCUUGUGGUACGAGUAUAGAGGGACAGCUGCUGAUUAUCAAGCUUAUGGAGUGACUGGAAGAAAGUGGGAGGAGCCUGGAAGGAGUGGUGGAGGUACAGUACUUGGAGAAAAUCCCUCCACCAUGACGACUGGGUGUCUGCUGUACAGUCCACCGACCAAUGGAAUUGCUGUCUGAGGUGUGUGUGUGUGUGUAGAAGCCACCAUCAUCAACCACAGCAGGUGAUAAUGAUGUUUCCUGCUUUCAUCCUCAUUGGGGCUAGCCAGACCAACUUGGGGCUGUACUGGGGUGACGCUGUGUGCCUCAGGUGUAUCUGGAGGGCUGAGAUAGUGAGAAGAUUACCUUGUUGAUGUGCAGUCUUGCUAUGUGGGCGAUGAACACCUCUGGGACAUGACGAGCAGAUGCCCAUCCAGCACAGCUCAACUUGUAUGGAAUCUGGACCUGGACCAUCACAUGAAUGCCACUGCCUUUGAUAUGUGUUUGAUAUGGCUUCUAUUGCUUUCAAGUCACCAUCUGCCUCUGUGAAAUAUGGAAGAUCUUACAAGCUCAAGCAUGAGUAUUAAUGGUGAUAUGAGUGUGGUGUGUCUGAAUUAACUGUCAGAGUAUUGUAAAUAUUAUUACUUAGUCUUCUCAGUUAUGAAAUUAAGAACAGUUGUGAAGUUUGCUUUAAAACCCUUCAUUAACUUUGCCACAAAACACUUUUACAUGUUGUCAAAAGUGUGUAACUGUUAUGAAGUGUGUGUAUAUAUCAUUACUACAGAAGAAUCUGGAAUUUCCCCUCAGAUUACUUUAAUGAAUGAAGCUUGAGUUCACAGAUGUGUGGUUUGUCAAUUUCACCUGUAUUCUCUCCUCUAUGGCAGUCUGUUCUGGCAAAGUUUCAUUUGUCAAAAGCAUUACAGUUUGUAAAUGGUGUGUCUUCAUAUGCCUUCACUAGCAAUUAUGAAUUACACUAUGGUCAUGGGUUUUGUUCUUUUAAUACAGUUGCCUCAAGAUAUUCUGAGCUUUACAAUGCUGUCUUUAGUACACUGCAAGAAAAUAUAGAAAUUUCAUGUGGCAACAUUUAUUUUUAAAACAUUAUUUAUUACUUUUAAAAAUAGCAAUGUGGGGCUUCCUUAAUGCAAAUAGUCUUGCCCAAAAAAACUUGAUGUCAAACACUAACUUUUCUUAACACAGCACAACCAAAACCACUCAAAAUUAUACAUUAAUUUUUUUUAUAGAGCAACAUGUGUGGAAAGUGGUACCAGAAAUAUUUGCAUAACAAAUAUUUGGUUCAGGAUAACAAGAAGCCGGCAUUGCUCAAGCUGACCACAUUUCAUCCAUUUAUACAUACUUUUUAUUAUUAAAGCUUAUCUUGUAAUUAUUGCUGAAGACAUUGACUCAUUUAUUUAUUUAUUUAUGACUUAGAACUAUGAUAAAGCUAUGGAUUGAUAUAAUUCCUGAUUUGUUUCCAUUCUUGUCUCCGCUUGUCCAUCCCUGAGUGGUCAGAAGCGGUGCUCCACUGAUGAUGUGGAAGCCUGAGACAGCCAAUCAUUUAAUGGGCUAGGUUACCUUUUGUCACCAGUCUUCUGUGUGUCACUCACUACGUUUGGAAAUGUUUACCUCUUCUAUUUAAUUUGUUGGUUAUAAUAAUGUUUAUGGUCAAUAAACUAUUUAUAAAACUAUUUAUCUGUGUCAGUAUGAUAAAAGCAGUUAUUGUUGUUAUUGUUGUUAUUAUUAUUAUUAUUAUUAUUAUUAUUAUUAUUAUUAUUAUUACACAUUUUCCUCCUUGUAUUUAAAUAUUAUUAUUAUUAUUAUUAUUAUUAUUAUUAUUAUUAUUAUUAUUAUUACACAUUUUCCUCCUUGUAUUUAAAUAUUAUUAUUAUUAUUAUUAUUAUUAUUAUUAUUAUUAUUAUCAUGCAUUUUUCUUGUAUAUAAAUAAAAUAUUGUAACUG